UCGCGCGAUAUUUCAUUAAUUGUUGCAUUGCGCGAUAUUGCACAUAUUGGCACGUUCAGUUGUUGGGAAUAAAAAAGUGUGCUGAUCCCAGGUCAGCUGGUCUUCUCCUGGGCUCGUUUUUGUGUACAGUACUUGCCAAAUAGUGCGCCCUACUGUCUCCAUUGCGCAUGACUGUACGUCGUAAUAUGAAGUAGGCCUCCUGUUUUCCUCCCCGAGCCGGAGUCCUCCUGGCCGCCGCCGCCGCCGCCUCCUCCGCGCUCCAUGCGACGCCACGACCGAGCGAGCCGCACCACAAGCGAGGGCGAAGGACUCGGCGAGGUGAGGUGUGGCUCACACACAAAAGGACAGCCUGAGUAACUACGCCAGCGUCAAAAGGGCAUUCCAGUUUCCAUGACCACCAUGGCUUUCCUGUGGUCUGGUGACCCCUGAUGACUUUGGCAUCAGAACUGACCCCAAACCGUUUCCUCCAGCAAGCCCUGAGAAAAGACAUUAACUCACGCCGUGCAUGAGCUGCAGUGGGUCCGUCUCAUUUUUUUCCCCCCGCCCUUCCCUCCAAGGUGGACUUCCAAAUGCCUACCUCACGCCAAAAGAGCCAGUCACCACAUCCACAGCCCUGAUCAGCAGCCACCAUGACAUCAAGCAUAGGGGAUGAUUGUAGCAUCUUCGAUGGGUUGAUGGAAGAAGAUGAAAAGGACAAAGCAAAACGCGUGUCCCGUAACAAGUCAGAGAAGAAGCGGCGAGACCAGUUUAAUGUCCUCAUCAAGGAACUUGGCACCAUGUUGCCAGGCAACACCAGAAAGAUGGACAAGUCCACUAUCCUGCAGAAAAGUAUCGACUUUCUGUGUAAACACAAAGAAAUUGCUGCCCAGUCUGAGUCUAGUGAGAUCAGACAGGACUGGAAGCCUCCAUUUCUUAGCAAUGAAGAGUUUACCCAGCUGAUGUUGGAGGCUUUGGACGGCUUCUUCAUAGCAAUAAUGACUGAUGGGAACAUCCUUUACGUGUCAGAGAGUGUUACCUCAUUACUGGAACAUCUUCCUGCGGACUUGGUGGACCAGAAUCUGCUAAAUUUCCUGCCAGUUGGUGAACACUCAGACGUGUACAAAGCCCUGUCGACACACCCCAACGACCUGGAGACCGUCACGGCCGAUUAUUUAAAGAGUAAGAACUACAUGGAAUUCUGUUGUCACAUGCUGCGAGGGUCCAUCGACCCGAAAGAAUCUCCAGUCUAUGAAUAUGUGAGCUUCAUUGGCAACUUCAAGUCGCUAAACAAUGUUCCCAAUGUGACGAGGAACGGUCUGGCAGGUGUGUUACAGCGCUCGCUGCAGCCUGCCUUUGACGACCAGGUGUGCUUUGUGGCCACUGUACGGCUCACCAAGCCUCAGUUUAUUAAGGAAAUGUGUACAGUAGAAGAGCCCAAUGAAGAAUUCACAUCCAGACACAGUCUGGAAUGGAAGUUCCUAUUUCUAGACCACAGAGCUCCACCCAUCAUAGGCUACCUGCCGUUUGAGGUUCUGGGAACUUCGGGUUACGACUAUUACCACGUGGACGACCUGGAGACGCUUGCCAAGUGUCACGAACACUUGAUGCAAUACGGCAAAGGGAAGUCUUGCUACUACCGCUUCCUGACCAAAGGUCAGCAGUGGAUAUGGCUGCAGACGCACUACUACAUCACCUACCACCAGUGGAACUCUCGGCCCGAGUUCAUUGUCUGCACACACACAGUCGUCAGCUAUGCAGAAGUGAGGGCAGAGCAGCGGAGGGAGCUGGGCAUUGAAGAGUCCAACCCACAGGUGGCCAUGGAUAAGAGCCAGGAUUCUGGUUCAGAGCUGAACACAUCCAGCCUGAAGGAGGCCUUGGAGAGGUUUGACCGCAGUCGGACAGCCUCAACCUCUUCCAGAAGUUCCCGCAAGUCUUCAUCACAUGUAUCCGACAACACCUGCACCUCCUCCAAGAUACACAUGGACACGGCCACACCUCCGCGACAGUCCCUGGCCUCAACCAUGGAGGUGACGUCACAGCGCCGCUCGUCCAUUAGCAGCCAGUCCAUGACCUCUCAGACUACCAGCCAGAGUGUCACUCCAGCCAUGAUCACGCAACAACAGCAGCAGCAACAACAAAAGCAACAGCAGCAGCAACAACAACAACAACAACAACAACAACAACAGCAACAACAACAACAGCAGCAGCAGCAGCAACAACAACAACAACAGCAGCUGCAGGCAAAUGUACAGCCGGUGAUGGAGUUCUCGGCGCAGGUGAACGCUAUGCAGCACCUGAAGGAGCAGCUGGAGCAAAGGACCAGAAUGAUCCAGGCCAACAUUCAGCGGCAGCAAGACGAGCUAAGAAAUAUCCAGGAGCAGCUGCAGAGAGUCCAGGGCCAGGGUAUCCAAAUGUUGCUGCAGCAGCAGGGGGGAGCCAUGAACGUGCAGCUUCCCCAGGUGGGGCCGGUCCAGCAGACCACUGCCCUGAGCGCUCAGGUCCAGCAGGCGGCCAUCAACCCCGUCCAUUCGGGAACGCAGCAGCUCGCUAUCCAGCAGCAGCAGGCCCCUCCCCCUCAGCAGAGCCUUCAGCAGCAGCAGGCCCAACGACAGCCUCAGCAGCCUCCCCAGCCUCAGCCGCAGACCCAGAACUCUGUGCCGGCCCCGCUCUACAACACCAUGAUGAUCUCCCAGCCGGGCCAGCCCAACGUGCUGCAGAUCAGCACCAGCCUGCCGCAGAACAACACGCCACAAGGCACCACCGUGGCCACCUUCACGCAGGACCGGCAGAUACGCUUCCCAGCAGGGCAGCAGUUAGUGACCAAGCUAGUCACGGCUCCAAUGGCAUGUGGUGCCGUCAUGGUGCCCACCUCCAUGUUCAUGGGCCAGGUGGUCACCGCCUACAACCCCUUUGGGGGGCAGCAGCAGGGAGGACAAACCCAGACUCUCACCCUCCAACCAGCACCACCUUCCCAAGGGCAGCAGGACGGGCACAGCCAGACAGCUGUAGUCGCACAGAGCAGCCAGCAGGGGCAGCAGCAGCAACAACAGCAGUUCUUACAGGGCACCCGUCUUCUCCAUGGCAACCAGUCCACCCAGCUGAUCCUGCAGGCAGCGUUCCCACUCCAGCAGCAAAGCACCUUCACCCCGGCGACACACCCACACCCGCAACCACAACCACAGCAGCAGCAGCAGCAACAACAACAACAACAAACGAGGCAGCAACACCAACCGCCGCAGCAGUCGUCUCACCACCAGCGGCACCAGCAGCAGCUCAAACCUCAGCCUCAGAAGGUGCAGAAAGCGCCAUCGUCACACAGGACUGACAGCGCCAGCAGCCAGCCGCAGUGAAGACACGCUCAACAAUUCAGGAAGGCGAGACGGCGCCAUAGACGUUCACCUGGCAACCCCCCCCACUCGGCCCCUCCUCCCCCCGGGAGGGAGGGGCCUGGUGACCUUGUACAAAAGUCCUGUAUGAUAUGACCUCGUGUACAUACCCAACAUAGCCUCCGGGAAACAGAAAUGUAGUAUUUUAUAUGAUUGCAUGGAAACAAUAACUGUGUACGCUUUUAUGGAAACCUUUUUACUUGCUUCUAAGCCCCGCCCCUAGCCCCGCCCCCAAGUUGAAAAUGCCCCCGGGGGAUAAAAUGUGAGGUGUUUUUCUCGUUGUUGUUUCCCCAAGUGCUUAAAAGCACUCUUUGACGCUAAACUUCCUGAUUCCAGUCCAACUGAGAUGUUCCAAGUGCCAAUUUGAGGAUUUCUUCUUUCAAAUUUGCUCUUUUCCUAACACGCUCAUGCACGUGUGUGUGUGUACGCUCAUGCACGUGUGUGUGUGUGUGUGUGCGUGUGUGUGUGUGUACAGUAUAUAGAAGGGAUUAUUCUUUUUAACAGUCAGAGAGAAACCUAUACGUCAAAACAUAUAUCCUCAUGCAACUUUAGCACUUGAUGUGGUUGUGCACAAUAAGUCACUGUCCAAAUGUGUGUGUGUGUGUGUGUGUGUGUGUGUGUGUGUGUGUGUGAGAUCCACUUAGUAAGGGUUGUGGGUGGCUAGACGGUACUUGCACUCUCAGGAACGUGGAAUGAAAGUUGUUAUUUUUUGCCUCAGUCCGGCAGCAGACCAUGAAGGGUUAACUAAGGCCACGCCGCAAAAAGACGUUAACGGGGGGUGUCCAAAGACUUUAGCAUAGAAGAUUAUUGUGCUAAUUUUGCGGGCAAAUAUUUUGUUACUUGACGAAUGCUACCUGUUAGCACGCCAGCUUUUUUAAAGCUAGUUUCACAAGUCCGAUUUUGGUACGUGACGUAUGCUGACGUCACCGCGCUAGCUUUGUUUUAAGGCUAAUUUAGCAAGUGUCAUAUAUGUUGGUAUAUCAUUGGAGUUGACUGUUAGCAUGCUAACUGUUUUAGCUCAUUUUGCCUACCAUGCUAGCAUUUUUAACACUUUUUUUUCGGUACUUGACGAAGGCUAACAUUAUCAUGCUAUCUUUGUUUUAAGGCUAUUUUAAAGUUAAAGUACCAAUGAUUGUCACACACACACAAGGUGUGGCGGGAUUAUUAGCAAGUGUCAUAUAUGUUGGUAUGUCAUUAAAGCUAACUGUUAGCAUGCUAACUAUUUUAGCUCAUUUUGCCUACCAUGCUAGCAUUUUAAACUCAUUUUUUUGGUACUUGAUGUAUGCCCACGUCACCACGCUAGCUUUGUUUUAAGGCUAAUUUAGCAGGUGUAUACUUCAGUGUCUAAUAUUUUGUUUAUUUUGUUAAAGCUAACUGUUAGCAUGCUAACUAUUUUAGCUAAUUUUGCCUACCAUGCUAGCAUUUUUAACACUUUUUUGGGUACUUGACGAAUGCUACAGUUCGUAUAUCAGCAUGCUAGCUUAUAUGAGGCUAAUUUAGCAGUUGUAUGCCUCAGUGUCAUAUUUUGGUGUCUCAUUAAAGCUAACUGUUAGCAUGCUACCUAUUUUAGCUUUUUUUUGUUACUUGAGUCUAUGUUGCUAGCGUGCUAACUUAGCAUUCCACAUGACAAAAUCUAUAUGUCGUACUGAUUUUGAGGGUAAACACUACCAAAAUAGCCCUCACAUCCUUUGAUUGGUCAGUCUGUGGUAAUGUUUGGGCACCUCGGUCUGGGAAAAUAUGCAAAAGUCUCUAGUGGUGAAAUUUUUUUUGGGAAAAAGGCCAAAGUGAAACUUUUGUGGCGUCAGCAGUUAACCCUUCUGGUCCUGGUCGGACCUCAGAAAUGUUCAUGCAGUUUAACUUCAGACGUCUGUCAGUUCUCACACAGCAGUCGAAAGCCGGACCAAGUCCACCUUUCCUCACCACACCUGUAAGCCAUACCCAAACGCAAACGCCUCGGUUCCUAGCGAGUGUUCAGGAGUGAUUGUUGUGGAAUGUGUGUGUGUGUGUUCUUGUAUUCCUAGCCUUCUUGAGACACGAAGAAGGAAAAGUAUCUUCCAUAUGAGGAGGUGUGAACAAGUGACGACAUAAAUCAAUAACAUUGCAUCUAAUAGACAAUGUCUCAUUAGUGGUGACAUCUAUCAACAUGAGGGUGCUCCCAAAAAGGAGGGAUUGUUCACAUUGACUGUGUGUCGCUUUUAAAAGUGCUCCCCCCUCUGGUCAACAUAUGAAAUAACAAGUGUGUGUAAAAAUUUGAAGCGCUCCCCCUCUGGUCAACAUAUGAAAUAACAAGUGUGUGUAAAAAAUUUUAAGUGCUCCCCCUCUGGCCAACAUAUGAAAUUACAAGUGUGUAAAAAAUUUGAAGCGCUCCCCCUCUGGUCAACAUAUGAAAUAACAAGUGUGUGUAAAAAUUUGAAGUGCUCCCCCUCUGGCCAAAGUUAAUUAAUAUAUAUAUAUAUAUAUAUAUAUGUAUAUAGAGACAUACUGUAAUAACUUGAAGUAAAUAAUGAAGAUUAAAAACCAAUUACAAACAAAAAAUUCAACAACAAAAAUACUAAUUGACUAAAAAUUUACUAAAAGGGUCCGUCAAUCGUCAUUUGAUUUCGAAUCCUCAAAUCAAAAAACUAAUUUUGGGCCAUUUUUUCUAUUUUUUAUUUCUGGAACAAAAGAACUGUUUAAUGAGACUUUUUAUUACAAAAAAGACAAAAGGACUCCUGCUGAACAAAGGUGUUAGCGCUAUGCUAAAAACAUGCUAAAGGCGAAGGAAAAGUUGAAAUACUGCCGCCGGUUCAAUUUGUCAUCACACAGAUGAACAUGCAUUUUUGCAUUUUGGAUAAACAUGAAUUGGAUUUUUGUGUUACCUGGGAAAAUACAAAUCCACAAAAGGAAAACUGCACAAAAUCCAAUUUUAAGGCAACAUUUAAAUGAAAAUCAACUCUUCUUUGUUUGUGUUCAAAAUCGAAAAAGAGUUGAUUUUCAUUAAAAUAUUGCCAUAAAAUUUUAUUUUGUGCUGUUUUCCUUUUAUGGAUUCAUCCAGAUAAACACAAAAAUCCCAUUGGUGUUUACCCAAAAUGCAAAAGUGUGUGUUUAUCUGUGUGAUGACUAAUUGAACCGGAAGCUGAAUUUUAACUUUUUCUUUGCCUUUCGCAUGUUUUUAGCACAAGUGUCAUUAAUAGUCGUCCAACUUUUGUCUCAGAACUGAAAAUAGAAAAAAUGGCCCGGAAUUAAGUUUUUUGAUUUGCGUUUCAGAAUAAAAAAUAGAAUGACCUUUAUUUGCAUGGUAUGUCUAUAUUGUUCAUGUUGUAAAUACACUUCUUUUAUAAGGCUGGUCCUAAAGUGGGAGGCUUUUUUUCUCAGGUCUCAAGAAGGUAACAAAUACAAGAAUGUGUGUGUGUGUGAAUAUCGUGUCUCUUGGGGUCGGUAUCGGUAUCGGUCCGCCCCGGCGAUAGCCAAUCAGUUCUUGCGUUGCAGUAUGAAGACAAUUGUGAUAUUCAAGAAACUUUCCCGCCAGUUGGGCUCAGUGUUCUGGAAGCUCCAGUGUGGGACUGUCCACUUGAGUGUGUGUGUGUGUGUGUGUGUGUGUGUGUGUGUGUGUGUGUGUGUGUGUGUGUGUGUGUGAGAGUGUGUGUGUGAUUUUCAUAAGGAAAUAUAAGACUGGAUGUAAUGCAGCACCUUGGCCCCGCCCACCCACUAAAGCCCCGCCCACCCAGCGCCUCAAAUGACUGGUCUCUCCAAAAUAAAAGCUUGUCAGCAAGCAUAGAUCAUCUAUUGUGUGCCCGAGGCGUCACUCUGACGCUCUGUUCCUUUGCUUAGUGUGUCACUGAGAAGCCAGCCCAAAGAAUGUAAAGGUGUGAUUUUUAUUUUGUUGUUUUUUU